AGCUGUAUGUAUUAACGAAUAGUUUUUUCCCGUGCUUUUACUGCUCCGUUGGUUACAUUAUUUUAAUUGUUUCUAGAUCAAUCGCAAAAAAAGUACAGCAAAAAAGCAAAUAUAUUGCGAAACACAUUCACCUUUAUUCUAUUUAAAUAGUUUAGCCAACUACUUCAUCUGCACAUGUUAACAAACAAUUAAAAAAUUGUGUUAAACAAGGGUAUAUCCCCCAUACAAAAAAGUUCUAAUAUAAGAACAGUGAACUUGUGAAAGUAUCAAAACAGGAAGUGUAUCAACAAUAUCUAUAAGAACGGGAAAACAGCCUACAAAAGCCUUUCACUAUGCUAAAUGGUUUCAUGUACAAUUAAUUUUAACGCAUAAUAUCGACCGAUUAACUGCAUACAACUUCUGCAUACAUCUGACGGCGAUCAUACAUUCCAUUUACUAUGUCUUGGAUGAGUUUGGGAGUUAUUGCUACUGGUUAUGCAUUACAAAGAUUAUUGGGCGCCGAUAAUCCGCCCAACAAAGUUAUAGAAAUAAAAAGCGAAUCUCUAGGUUUCUUACAAAUAUUGGCUCGAGAUGAAGCAAUGGUACUGUAUGCUCCACCAUUCAAUUCGAACGACAAGAAAACGUACGAAAUUGUUCUACAACGGCCUCACACGGAAUCAAAUACAACAUCCUUCAGUUUAUUUCGUUCGGCGUCGAAUCAAGAGGCUGAAGACAAAUUUAACGCUUUCCAACACCGGCUUCCCCUAUUUGUAUCCAUAGUUAAUGAGUUUUAUAACGUUAGUGGACUACAAAAGUUGAGUGAUAUUUUGUCAGAAAAUCCCUCAUGGUCUAUAACACAUUUAGUGGCAUAUUUUAAUUUGGUUGAGUACAUUAGUCACCCAAAAGUUAUGCAAUUCAUUGACUAUGCAGAUCACGUCAACUGCAUGUCGCCACUUCAGCUGGCUAUUAAAUGUUCUAAUGUCGAAAUGGUGAAGGCUUUAAUGCCUCUUUGCAAAAUGGAACAUUUAGAUAAUAACAGCAAUUCCGUGUUUCAUUAUGCUGCUGGUACAACUAAAGAAAUACUAAAUAACCUUAUUGAUAAGAGCACGGUUAACCUUAAUCACAUUAACUCUGACGGUUAUACACCACUUCAUUUGGCUUGCCUUGCCGAUAAACCGGAAUGUGUUAAGGCCUUGCUCAUUGCCGGCGCAGAUGUUAACAUAGAAGCAAAGAACAUAAGCAAAUUGUAUAAGACAUCGACACCAACUUCUGUGGCCGAAUUUUUGAAACAAAAUGCUAACAAACUUUACACUCAGGAUAUGAAGUUUGGCGGUAGCCCUCUUCACUGGUGCUCAUCGCGAGAAACAUUGAAUGCCUUAAUAAUGCAGGGGUGCAAUGUUAACGCCACAAAUUUUGAUGGUCGAACAGCUUUACACGUAAUGGUAGCUCGCAAUCGCUUCGAAUGUGUCGUCACUCUGCUUGCACAUGAUGCUGAGAUAGAUAUUGUCGAUAAAGACGGAAAUACCCCACUGCAUAUAGCCAUAGAACAAAAAUUGGUAAAUAUAGUACAGUGUCUGGUGGUAUUUGGUUGCGACAUAAAUAUAAAGAAUAAAAAUGGUGAAACUCCACGCCACAUGGUGGGUGCUGAGACGGGAGCAAGCAAACAAGAUGAAAUUUUGUAUAUUUUGCAUUCAGUAGGAGCAAAACGUUGUUCUGAUGUCAAAGGUAAAUGUCCUGCUGGUUGCAGUUCUUCUGGCACCUAUAAUGGAAUACCUCCUGAAGCUCCAGAAUCUGUGGAGAAGCGUGAACAUAUAGAAAAUAUGUUGGCAUCCACCAGUCGACAGGUGGCUGUUGGAAUGUUUGCCUCUGCAGCAAAUGGUUUCUUGAAUGAAGUCAAAGAGCCUCCAGUUGUUGUUAACACUGAAAAAGUUGAAAAAGGACAGAGUAUUAUGGACGCCUUAUUAAGCAUGUUUAAAGUCAACGCAGACUCUAUGAAGGCUUCGCCAUCUAGUAGUGUGGAAAACAUAAAUCCAAAUGAAGGAGAUGAAGCCACCUCCGGAAAGUGCUCUCCAGAGGCAACAUCUUCCAAUAUGUCAUUAAACUCUGCAACCUCCACACAAAAGGGUGAUAAGCCCUAUGGUAAAGGUCGUUUACUUUGCCUUGAUGGUGGUGGUAUACGUGGUUUAGUGCUUGUGCAAGUCCUCUUAGAAAUAGAGAAAAUAUCUCAAACGCCAAUAGUGCAUAUGUUCGAUUGGAUUGCUGGAACUAGCACUGGAGGUAUAUUAGCAUUGGGUCUUGGAUGUGGAAAAAGUAUGCGCCAGUGUAUGGGAUUGUAUUUGCGCAUGAAAGAGCAAUGCUUUGUUGGGUCUCGCCCAUAUCCCAGUGAAUUCUUCGAAACUAUAUUAAAAGAUAAUUUGGGCGAAUUCACUGUUAUGACCGACAUCAAACAUCCCAAAGUUAUGGUUACCGGAGUUAUGGCCGAUCGUAAGCCUGUAGAUUUACAUUUAUUCCGUAGCUAUCAAUCAGCAAGUGAUAUUUUGGGCAUAAUAACGCCAAUAACAAAUCGAAGAAGUCCACCUCCAGAUCCAAAGGACCAGCUGGUAUGGAGGGCUGCUAGAGCUACAGGUGCAGCCCCAUCCUACUUCAGAGCGUUUGGACGAUUUUUGGACGGUGGCUUAAUAGCCAAUAAUCCCACCUUAGAUGCUAUGACAGAAAUUCAUGAAUACAAUAUGGCUUUGCGCAGUGUUGGACGUGAAAACGAAGCAGUACCCGUAUCCGUUGUGGUCUCGAUAGGCACUGGUUUGAUACCAGUAACUGAAUUGAAAGAUAUUGACGUUUUUCGACCGGAAAGUAUUUGGGAUACUGCGAAGCUGGCCUACGGCCUCUCAACUAUAGGAAAUUUGCUCGUGGAUCAAGCAACAGCUUCCGAUGGCAGAGUCGUUGAUCGCGCUCGCGCCUGGUGUAGUACUAUUGGAGUCCCUUAUUACAGAUUCAAUCCGCAGCUAUCAGAAGACAUUGCCAUGGAUGAAAAAAAUGACCAGAAGCUUAUAAAUAUGCUAUGGUGUGCCAAAGCGUAUGUGCAUGCCAAUCGAAACAAAAUUAUUGAAAUGAUCAAUUGUCUAAAAUAGCAUAUAAGACGAAUUUAGACUGCGCAUUUUCCAGUUGAAAAUAAAACGUCUUUUUUGAUAUUGACCAAAAUCAUAAA